GGAUCAAGAGCGGAUUAAGCAGCCACAUGACCAAAAGGGAGAUGAGAAGCUGAAGCUGCAGGGAAACAAGUCGUGCUGCAUGGCUGUACUGUGGCUGGAGUGCUGGAGAUGGGGGCAGCGAGUAGUGACACCAAGGGUGGCUCUCCCUUGUCAACUAACCUAAGGAUACGCCCAUGGAAAAACCUACUGAACGAUAACAGUUUGGCUGCAUCUGGACUGGAUCGACUAUGGGCUACGGGCCGGACAGUAAAGGAAAGGUUGAAAACAACGCAGGCCACUGGUGCACAGGAGGAGAAAACCAAUGAUCGGCCUUUGUCUCAAUGUAUCUCCUUAUUCCUGCCAGAGUUCCCUGUUUGGUCUCCUACAGGACAGACACAUUUAAAGAUUCUGGGAUGUGUUGCUAAAGGAUCACUCGGACCCGUUCUGAAAGUGUUAGACUGCUCACAGCAGAAGAUCUUUGCAGUGAAGGUGUUACCCAAAGGAGAGAUUCUUCGCCGUAAUACACUGAAGCAGUGUAAAGAGGAGGUUAGCAUACAGCGGCACGUCAAGCAUCCCUUUAUCCAAGGCUUUGGGGAGAGCUGGCAGGGACAGCGCCAUCUGUAUAUAAUGUGUUCCUAUUGCAGCUUUGGGGACCUUUAUUCUUUAUGGUCAUCCUCUAAAUGCAUUGAUGAAGACACAGUGCGUCUAUUUGGUGCAGAAUUGGUGUCAGUGUUGGCCUAUCUACAUGAUGUGGGCAUUAUACACCGUGAUGUUAAGAUGGAAAACGUACUCUUGGAUGAAAGAGGGCACCUAAAACUGACUGACUUUGGCUUCUCCAGUCAGCUUGCUUUUGGGGAACAUGUCUAUACAAUAUGUGGCACCCUCCAAUACAUGGCACCUGAAGUCCUCUCUGGUGGCCCUUAUAACCAUUCAGCAGACUGGUGGUCCCUGGGUGUGCUAUUGUUUGCUCUGGCUACUGGAAAGUUUCCUGUUGCUCCUGAAAAGGACCAUGUAAGCAUGCUAGAGAGAGUCAACCAAGGAUCAUACGAUAUUCCUGAGCAUCUCAGCCAUGGACUGGCUCACCUUUUAAAGGAGCUCCUGUGCAAAGUCCCAAGACUGAGGCUGCGCUAUCUCCACCAGUUUAAGCAUCACCCCUUUUUCAGAAGCAUGUCCUUUGACCCCAUUCUUCUCCAGAAGUUCCCAGUCGAAUUUGUAAUGUCCAUGCGGAAAUCCGAGAUGACAGAUCUGCCAGAAAUCAACCUUUUUGAAGACUUUGACUGUGAAUUAACAGAUCACUUGACGUUACCUUGCCCCGCCUAAAUCAGGGAAAUGUCGGCAAAACUUUUAUAUAUAUUUUUUUAUAUUUGGAGAUAUUGGUGUAUGUCAUUUGAUAAACAUACAGGACCACAA